AUGCUGGGCGCUAGGCUCAAGUCAUGGAUGGAGGCGCAGCUGGGUCGGGCCAAGAAGCGUAAACAGAAGCAGGCGAGGCAGACCACACCACCUACUACGGGGCCUAUUGCCCCUCCUCACUUGUCGUCUCCCGAGAGCGCGUACAGCACCGGCUACUCCACAGACGGCACGUCACCUGGCGCUCCGCCCACAUCGCUCGCCGCUCCGCUCGUUGCUCCCCCGCCGCCACCCACGCCACCCACCACUCACUUAUACCAUGAACCCGCUAAGCGCCGCUCCAGCACAACGGGGCGUUAUUUCCCCCCAGAAGGGCUAGUGUCUCCUCCAGUAUGCGCGACACCGUCACCUCGCCCCCGUUGCCGUAUUCGCACUAACCCGUGGAUGGGUGCUACAUCUCCAAGAAAGAAACCGCCACAUCUCUUGCACCAGCAGUCGUUGCAGAUACCCCAACAACCGAUGCUACACCACGCGCCUUAUUCCCUAGACUCGCAUAUUAAAUAUGGACCAAGGUACUCACGAAAUUUCUUACAUUCAAAUGUCACCACAUCUAUCGCCGCACAUAUCCCCACACCUAUCUCCACACAUGUCUCCCCACUAUUCCCCCAUUUAUCCCCAGAGCCUUACCGCCAGCCGUACUACCGUGGGGCUUCCAGCGACGAAGAGUUCCGUGGUCUAAAACCACGUGGUCAAGAGACUGCAAUCUUGUCAGAUGCGGAUGUGGAUUCGGAUGGUGAUACUGGAUUGGAUGGUGGGGACGAAGAUGAAGCGGACAGCACCGCCUCACCGAGCAGACGGAGAGCGAGACGACGGAGACCGCCCAGGCGGCCGCCGCGAUCAGCAGGCGCGACUCCUCCCCGUAUGCGUCGUCGUCACGCACCCUCCGCUCCGCCCGUCCGCGAGAGAGAUCCUCUCCUAGAAGCGGACAGGGAAGCGGAGAGGAAGUACCGGGAACUCAUCCGGGAAGCGGAGAAACUCCUCGUGACCGUGUCCCGGGCCCCCAUUGAACCCCCGCACAAUCCGAGAGUUGUCGAACUUAGAGCCACCGAGGUGGAGUGUCCCCGGCGUAGUCCAGAGCGCACUCACAUCACAAACUUCAUCCGGGCCAACUCCCCGGAAGCCCCUCGCCGUUCGUCCCCUGCACCCCGCCGAUCACCCCUUGCAGCCCCCCCGCCCCGCGUCACUCACCCGCCAUCGCCAACCGACCGGCCGCACUCCGAGCCGCCCAAGAGGAAGAUGUACGCAAGGGAAGAGGUAUUACAAACCUUAGAGGGCCUGCGUAAGAGUCUUCAACAACAGUCCGCCCUGUUGGCGGUACAAAGAACACGGCUAGACUCCCUAUAG